UCCCGGAGGCGCGCCCGAGCCGCCGCGGCCGCUGCCAACAUGGCCGAGACGAGCGAGGAGGUGGCGGUGCUGGUGCAGCGGGUGGUGAAGGACAUCACCAACGCCUUCAGGAGGAACCCGCACAUAGAUGAAAUUGGCCUGAUCCCAUGUCCUGAAGCUAGGUAUAACCGGAGUCCCAUAGUCCUGGUUGAAAACAAACUUGGUGUGGAGAGCUGGUGUGUCAAGUUCCUUUUACCAUAUGUCCACAACAAGCUCCUUUUGUACAGAACGAGAAAGCAAUGGCUGAACAGAGAUGAGUUGAUAGAUGUCACAUGCACCCUGCUGCUUCUAAACCCAGACUUUACCACUGCAUGGAACGUGAGGAAAGAGCUGAUCCUUGCUGGCACUUUAAAUCCAAUUAAGGACUUACAUCUGGGAAAACUGGCCUUAACUAAGUUUCCGAAGAGUCCAGAAACAUGGAUUCACAGGCGAUGGGUGCUACAACAGCUAAUUCAGGAAACCUCCUUGCCUUCCUUUGUGAUGAAAGGAAACUUGGGAACAAUUCCUGUAGAAAGGACACAGCGACUAAUACAAGAAGAGAUGGAGGUCUGUGGUGAAGCAGCAGGGAGAUACCCAAGCAACUAUAAUGCCUGGUCCCAUCGCAUCUGGGUUUUACAACACAUGGCCAAGCUAGAUAUCAAGAUUCUUCUUGAUGAACUAUCUUCUACUAAACAUUGGGCAUCCAUGCAUGUUUCAGACCACAGUGGAUUUCACUACCGCCAGUUUUUGUUAAAGUCUUUGAUUAGCCAAACUGUGAUAGACAGUUCUGUAUUGGAGCAAAACCCUUUGAAAAGUGAGCCUGCCCUAGUUCCUCCAAAAGAUGAAGUAGGAGCAGCUUCGACAGAGAAACCAAGGAUAAAUCUUCCCCAUCUUCUAGAAGAAGAAAUUGAAUUCAGCACUGACCUUAUUGAUUCCUACCCAGGACACGAAACUCUUUGGUGUCAUAGGCGGCAUGUUUUCUACCUUCAGCAUCACUUAAAUGGUAGGUUUCCUCAUAGCAUGACCCAGUUGACACCUGGAGACAGCCCUGGGGUGACUUUGAAUGACUUGCACUUCAUUCCAGCAAGCCCCCAACUGUCUCAGGCAAUGGAGGUGGAUGGACUGAAUGACUCUAGCAAGCAAGGCUAUUCCCAGGAAACCAAACGCCUGAAGCGGACCCCAGCUCCAGACUCCCUAGGCCUAGAAAUGGAGCACAGGUUCAUUGAUCAAGUGUUGUCCACUUGCCGGAAUAUAGAGCAAGCCAGGUUUGCCAAUGCAUACAGGAAAUGGCUGGUUACUUUGAGUCAGUGAAAGAGGUGGAUUAGCCCUCCAGGGUUCCCCCUUUAGUGCAAUAUUGCUUUCCUUUCUUACUUACAUAGUUGCAUGUACUGUUUGCUGUUAUUGGCUAACUGUAUGUUCUUCACCUUUAGGUUAAAAGUUCGUAGUGAACUUUUUGUUGUAUUUAUUUUGUUAAGAACUGGCAUUCCUUUGGGGAUAAAAUAAUUGUAUAGUUUCCUCCUGCUAAA